AUGGCGGCGCCAGAAACAACCAAACUUAAAUGUCACACUCAAGGCUCGCACGAUUCCUUCAGCUACAGCCUCACGCCGGAGGAAGAGCUGGGUCCGGACGCCCCUGGACUCGUGUCUGCCCUGAACAGCUGCUGCCCUUGCCUCGCCCGCCCCGCCAUCCUCCGCUGGUCAGUGACGCAGAGAGCGACCACAACGCAGCAGCUGAAACACGGCGUCAGGUACUUCGACAUCCGCGUCGCUGUGAGAAACGGCAGAUUCUACUUCGUCCACGGGCUCUUUGGCGACGACCUCGAGCCCUUGCUCUCGGAGAUCCGGCACUUCCUGGUGAAGCACCCCGGGGAAGUGGUGUUCCUCGACUUCCAGCAUCUCCACGGCCUGGCCAACACCGACCACGCUUCUCUCGUCACUCUCCUGAGAAACACUUUCUCGGAGCUCAUCUGCCCCUUCUUCCACCAGCUGAACCACCUGUCUCUGGCUUACCUGGCGCGUUUCAAGUACCAGGUCCUCGUCUUCUACCGACACCAGGAGACGAUGCAAGCGAUCCCGUGGCUCUGGUCUGGCUCGUCCCUGCCCAACCCUUGGCCCAACACCACCUCCGUCGCCGCCAUGUUCUCCUUCCUCGAGGCUCAGAUCCAGGAGAGGAACCCCGACGCCUUCUUCGUCACGCAGUUAGUAGUUCUUAGUUCUGCGUCACCAUGUACUUUACAACGCGCCUCCCCCUCCAGGUGCGUCCUCACGCCGUCAGGGAGGUACCUGGCGCGCCACUUUUCCGGGCAGCUGGAGAGCAUGGCCGCCCCGUGCAACAAGGCCCUGCCGGACUGGCUGGCGCAGCUGCCCGUCGGCGUCCGCGGCCCCAACAUCGUCAUGACCGACUUCGUGGAGCACGACGAGUGGGCGGUGCCUCGGGCCAUCGUCAGGAGGAACGCCUUCAACGACCUGCUGCCGUCGCGCCCCGUCAGGUUUUAAGCGUCGGUUCAGCCUCGUGAGGUUUCGGGUUAGUUUCAAGAGUCGGGCUCGGAGUUCAGGCGUCGUUCCGCUCAGCCAAGUCGCCGUUCGAUGUCCGUUUCUCGCGUCGCGUGACAAUCGGACGAGGCCAUUAAACGGGUGUUUGGCAUUCCAAGUGAUGUGUGGUCCUUGUCGCGAUGUGCAAUGCGGCAUUCUUAUCUGCAGAUGUUGCAGCGGUGAAGACGAAUGUGCAAUAAGAACGGAAUAAAGUACAAAACAGAGAACACAAAGACUAGAAUUGAUCUCGAACUAGUUGUUUUUAUAUAAAAACAAACAAAAGGACAAGAAAAGCUACUCAUGAAGUGACAAAUGAAAACUCCCUUCAUUGGUAACAGGCAAGCGCGUACUCGAUAAAGGAAGAUAAUGAGAGAGUACGUACCUUUGGCUUUGAACUUUGUCUUUGAUGCAUUUAUUCCAUUUAGGUCGCAGGACUUGCAUUGAAAGCUGCCUUAUCAUGUUCAUUAUUUAGUGAUGUGUUAGUCUCCCGCCCUCGAACCCUUUCAUGAAAUCACUCCAUUCGGUCGUCUUAGUCAGAUUGUAUCUAGUCCCAGACUGAAAGCGCUGUGCCAACUCAGUAGGUUAACUAGACAUUUGGUAACGAAAAUAAAGUACACUGUAAUUAGGACUAUUUCGUUUAUGUUUGGUGGUAGCGGUAGUUGGUAGCUGUGUUGAACGAAAGAACACAGAUUGAUGAAGACUGAGCGUUUAGAAAAGGGUAGAAGGUUUUAAUUACGAACUGUCUACGUAUACGUUGUACUAAAAUGAUUUCGUAUAUAUUCUGAAUACAAGAACUGAAGGUGUAUUCGCUAUAAAAGCUGCACAGAUGCAAAUAUCUCUGUGAUGUAUAUGGUCUGCAGUGCACUUUUAUCAAUCAUGUCUC